AUGCAUGAACUCUCCAUCCUCUCCGCCCUCGGCAUCUCUCUCCUCGCCUCCUUCUCCUUCACCUUCGCCCUCGCCCACCCCACAGCUUCAGCAUCUCCAAAUCCAAUCCCCACACUCUCCAGGUCCUCCCUAGUCACUCCCCCCCUCUCUCUCGCUCUAACUCCCCCUCUCCCUCACAACAACGACCACAGCAACGACAACAAUGAAAUAAUAACCGGCAACUUCUCGCGCUCCUGCGCCCAAAUCACCCUCAUGAACGGGUACUUCCUCGCCGCGACUUGCCGUCCUAUCAAGCCGGCCGACGUCUCUGGUGGCCCAGAGGAAGAACAAGAACAAGAACAAGGGGCAGGGGAGGGGGACGGAAUAUCCCAAUCCCAAUCCCCAGAGUUUAACCAGCUUGACCUAAAUCUGUGUAUCGGGUUUGACCAGGGGACUACCACCACCACCGCCGGCGGCGGCGGGGGAUUCGGUUCAAGUUAUGAUGUCCCUGGGAAACUGAUCUGGCAGGCGCUAGGCAAAUUCGCAAACUACUGCACCGAUUGCAACCUCACCACAACUGCCGACCUGCCGGUGCGCCUGUCUGAACUCAAAUGUAGCUGUGUCCCGAUGACGGCGGCGGCGGGUUCUGAUGCUACUGUUAUUACCGUCUUAGACCUUGACGAAGGCGUGGAGAACAGAAAUGGUACACUUGUUUGCCGUGGUGGAAUGGGGUCAGGAAUCGGUCCUGGUCCUUUUUCUGCCUAG